GAGCUGCCAAGUCCGGCAGAUGAGUUCAGAAAUCCUCCUCCGUCCUACGAGAACCACCACUGUAACAGGAUGUAAACGGGAUACGGAGACGGAUUAAUCCCCUGGAUGAAUAAAGGUUAAAACUAUGCCGUGUUCCCUGCUUUGAACAAAAACAGGUAAUCGGGGCUGAAGCAGCGUGACAUCCAAUAUGACCGAGUGUCAUCCUGGAUACCAGGCCCCUCCGCGCCGUAUAAAGACUGGGCAGCACAGCCGGCCUCAGCAGAACCUGCUGCAGACACCGGAGAGUCCUCCCUAAGCAACGGAAGACCGGCUGGAAACCCGAUCAUCAUCUCCUGCAGGAUGGCGGCUGCGCAGCUCAGCAGAGUGACCAUCCCCCUCAUGUGGAGUUUGCUUCUGGGAACCUCACCCUCCGUUUGGCCCCUGGCUCCCGCAGCGGCCUUCCAGCUGCCGCCCUGCCAGCUCGUCAACCAGACGGUGUCUCUGGAGAAGGAGGGCUGUCCCAAGUGUCACCCGGUGGAAACCACCAUCUGCAGUGGUCACUGCAUCACCAAGGACCCCGUCGUCAGGAUACCGUUCAGUAAUGUGUACCAGCAUGUGUGCACGUACCGGGACUCGUACUACAAGACAUUUGAACUUCCCGACUGUCCUCCUGGCGUGGACCCGACCGUCAGCUACCCCGUGGCUUUGAGCUGCCACUGCGGCAGGUGUGCGAUGGACACGUCUGACUGCACCUUUGAGAGCCUGCAACCCGACUUCUGCUUGAACGACAUACCUUUCUACUACUAGUCUGGAGAAACUGCAGGACACACCACAUUAAAACACGCAAUAUACAAAGAGGAACCGUCCUAACUGUUAGC